AUGAAUCUCCAUAGCAGCUUCGUGCGACGUUUCCUCGACAGUUGGCCGGGUAAACAACGUUUUGGCAUCUAUAGGUUCUUGCCGAUAUUCUUUGUCUUGGGCGCUGCCCUAGAAUUCUCCAUGAUCAAUUGGACGGUGGGCGAGACGAAUUUCUAUCGCACAUUCAAGCGCCGUCAGGCUAAAAACUACGUAGAGGAACAUCCACAGAGUACCACAGAAUAA